AUGGCCGAAGCAAAAAUAGUUGAAGCGAUUGUUGUGAAUGGUGUGGGUGAGAUACUGAAGAAGCUGAUCCCCAUGGCAACCGAGGAGAUUGGCCUUUUAUGGAAUGUCAAGGAAGAGCUGAAAAAGCUGGUACGCACUGUCACUGCUAUCCAAGCAUUACUAAUUGAUGCUGAAAAACAACAAGAAAAAAAGGAGACCGUGAGACUAUUCCUGACAAGGCUUAGAGAUGUUGCUUAUGCUGCUGAAGACGUUUUGGAUGAAUUCGGUUAUCAAACCACAAGGCUCCGGGUGAGCAACAAGGUGAGCAAAUGCUUCUUCCACUCCUCAAUUUCAGUUGCUUUUAAGUUAAAGAUGGCUCACAAGAUCCAGAAUAUAAACAAGAAGUUUGAUGAAAUUAAAAGAGUCAUGGAUUCAUUCAAUUUUGUGAGCUUAUCUAUACCCACAAAUCUUCAAAAUAGAAAGACCACUAUGCCCAUAGAGACAUUCUCUUAUGUGGAUGAGUCCGAGGUUGUUGGAAGGGAUGUUGACAAGUCAGAGAUAGUAACCAUGUUAACUGGCUCUGUCGAUAAUCAAGCUAUUCUUUCAGUCCUUCCCAUAGUUGGAAUGGGUGGUCUUGGAAAGACCACACUUGCUAAACUUGUCUACAAUGAUGAUCUUGUAGUCAAGUAUUUUGAUAAAAGAAUAUGGGUCCAUGUCUCUAAAGAUUUUGAUUCCAAGCAAAUAUUGACAAACAUCAUAGAAUCUGUUACCAAUGGAACAUGUCAAUUUUCAUUUACUGAUGUGAUACAGCGGAAUCUUAAAGAUCAGUUGAGUGAGAAGCGGUUUUUACUUGUACUGGAUGAUGUAUGGAAUGAAGAUACAGAGCAAUGGGAUAUGCUUAUGUCUUCAUUAAAAAUUGGUGCAAGAGGUAGCAAAAUCAUUGCUACCACUCGUAUUGUUGAAGUUGCAUCAAUGAUAGGCACACUUGCUACAUACCACCUUGAAAACUUAUCAGAAGGUAGUUGUUGGUCUAUUCUCAAGAAUAAAGCUUUUGGGAAUGGAGGGGCUGAAGAGACUCCAAAUAUGGUGACAAUAGGGAAAGAAAUUGUGAAAAAGUGUCGAGGUGUGCCAUUAGCGGCAAAAACACUAGGAGGCUUGAUGCAUAUCAAGAAAGAUGAACAAGAGUGGUUAUCAAUAAAGAAUAGUGGGAUUUGGGCUUUACCUAUGGAUAAAGAUGGAAUCCUUCCUGCACUAAAAUUGAGCUAUGAUCACUUGCCAUCACCUUUGAAACAAUGUUUCUUAUAUUGUUCGAUAUUUCCAAAGGGUGUUCAUAUCUUCAAAUAUUAUUUAAUCCGACAAUGGAUGGCAUUAGGGUUCCUCCAACCAUCCAUAGGAGGUAGGCCAUUAAUGGAAGAUAUUGGAAAGGAUUACGUCAACUAUUUGUUGUGCAAUUCAUUCUUCCAAGACGCCGAGAAUGAUGAUUUAGGUGAAAUAGAGACGUUCAAGAUGCAUGAUGUUGUUUUUGAUUUGGCACAUUCUCUUUCAAGGUUUGACAAUGUACAUGUUGGGGUUGAAGAGUUGAAAUACAACUCUAAUGUUCUUCAUUUGAGAUUGUUGGGUAUGGAUGGUGACAUAAAAAAGAUUCAAGAAGGCUUAUGUACGGCAAGAAAGUUGCGGUCGUUGCAUUUGGAAUGCAUGGGAACUACUGGAACUUCCAUUUGCAGCAAUGUCCUUGAUAUUCUGUUCAGAAAAUUCAAGCAUUUACGUGUUCUAGAUUUAUCUAAUUGUGGAAUUAAAGAGUUACCAUCCUCCAUUAAGAAGUUGAAACACUUAAGGUACCUAGACCUUAGUUUCAAUCCAAUUGAAGCAUUACCUGCAUCUAUCACCAGCCUUUACAAUUUGCUGACACUAAAUCUUAAAGUUUGUCCUCUAAAAGAGCUUCCUCAAGAUAUGAGAAAACUGGUGAACUUGAGGCACCUUUUGAAUUUUAGAAAUGAUGGAUGUUCGAGUCAAAUGCCAAUCGAGAUGGGAAGAUUAACCUGCCUUAAUGAAUUAUCGACAUUUGUUGUGGGCCAAAAAAGGGGGAAGCGUAUCAAAGAGUUGCAACGCCUGGACCUUGGAGGAAUUUUAAAUAUCUACAGUCUUGAGAACGUGAGAAGUAGAGGUGAAGCAGUGGAGGCAAAUUUAAUGGGAAAAGAAAAGCUUGUUGCGUUGUAUUUAUCAUGGGGAAGUCGUCGUGUUAAUUGGGGUGGUGAUCAUGAUAGUAGUAGUUCUUCUUCUAUGUUAAUGGGAAAUGAGAAUAAAAAAACUACCAUUGUUGAUGAAGAUGAUCAUGUACUGGAAGGUCUUCGACCUCAUUCGAAUCUGAAAGAAUUGGCAAUCGCAAACUUUGGAGGUGAAAAUUUACCUGGAUGGAUGAUAAGUACUGGGUGUGACUCAUUUCUCCCUAACUUGGUGAGACUCUUUCUAGAAAACUGCGAGAGAUUGGAGCGUAUCCCCCCACUUGGACGGCUACCAUCUCUUAAGCUUCUUCAUCUAAAAGGAGUGAAAAGGAUGAAGAGUCUUGGCAGUGAGUUCUAUCAAUUAUUAGUUUAUUCCCUUACUACUACUACUACUACAACAACAGCAUUAUUCCCUUCAUUGGAAGAGCUUUCCCUCGAACAGUUGCCCAGCUUAGAAGAAUGGAGGGAACCACUAGCACAACAAGGCUCAUUAUUAUUAUCAUUCCAUUCCUUUCCUCGUCUUGAGAGGAUAUUUGUACAUGAUUGCCCCAAGUUGGUGACCAUGCCCAGUCGGUUUCCUUCUCUUAAACUACUCCAAAUCAUAAGAAGUAAUGGCAUCUUGCUAAGUUUAGUCGUGGAGGUUCCCUCUCUUAGCAGACUAGAAAUAGUUGAAGUGCCAGAGCUUAAGUUUUUGCCCAACGGAUUACUACUGCACAACAAUAUCCAAGAAUUGCAUAUUGAGAAAUGCCCCAACCUUGAAGCAAUUAUUAGGAGGCCAAGGCCAAGUGAGGAGGAAGAACUAGAAGAGGGUGUGCAAGUGCAGGUAAUCCUCCCAUCAUCAUCACUUGAACUAUUGCAGGUAAAUGAUUGCCCUUCUCUGACGUCAUUGCCAGAUCUACGAGGUCUGCAGCACUCUAUUCGGAAAUUUUAUUUUCUAAGAAAUGAAAAAAUCACUCGAUUACCAGAGGGUCUACACACCCUCUGCACCAUUGAAGUGUUGAGCAUUGGUGGGUUUUCAUCGGAUCUGGAGUCUUUUCCCGACUUGGAGCCUCUCCAAUACUUGCCCUCCCUUCGAUGGUUACAUAUUUUUGGCUGGUCUAAGCUUACGUCUCUUCCUGAGCAACUUCAGAGUUUAACACAAUUACAAGCAUUGGGAAUACAUGUGUUUCAUAGUCUCACAGCUCUGCCAGAGUGGCUUGGCAACCUUUCUUCGCUUCGAAUGUUGGGUCUUGGAGAGUGUUGGAAGCUCACUGUCGACGAGUACUAUGAUCGGCAGAGCCGGCAUAUAUUGGAUACAAUUGUAGAGACUCUGUCCAAGGAAAUUAUUCCUCUGUGUCGUCGUUGUUCUAGGGCACACAUUCUUGGGUUUGUAACAGACCCCGUUCAAGAUGUGAAAGAUUCCUGCAGAACUGGAGCUGGUACAAAUGUCAUCUUUGGGCUUGCUUUGGGACACAAGUCUGUCAUUAUUCCCAUUUUUGCCAUUGCAAUCUGUAUAUAUGUAGGUUUCAGUUUUGCUGCCAUGUAUGAUAUUGCAGUGGCUGCUCUAGGAAUGCUGGGCACCACUGCUAUUGGAUUGGCCAUUGAUGCUUAUGGACCCAUCAGUGACAACACUAGAGGCAUUGCUGAGAUGGCCGGCAUGAGUGACAGGAUCUGA